AUGCCCCUUUGGCUCUAUGGAGGCCCUGGUGUGGCUCCGCUACAGCUGGGGCAGCCGGCUAGUGAUGACCAAGAGGCAGGCAGAGAUGGCGCUACACCACAGGACCCAUCAGAUAACACUGCCAGCACCGCCGCAGGGGAAAAACGAGCCAAGCACUCGUCCCACAACCAGACACUCUCAGCUGGCGAAACAGUCACUACCAGGAAGACAGAAGUUGCAGAGACCUGUAAGGAGGAUGAGAGGCCUUCUGCUACAGCUCCUGAAAGUGAUUUUCAACCAUGCAGUGUGGUGGCACCUGGAUCAAACCUGUCUGAUUACACGACACCACCCUCCUCUACACCUGCCAGUGAUAAGCUGACUGAGCAACAAACAGCGGCCACACCAGACAUUAGUACAGAGGGCAGACUUGAUGCAGUGCAAAUACCUGCUGAUCAACAAAAAUCCAUUAAUUCUGGGCUGUUUUCCAACUCUGUGUCAUCGCAAGCAUUGACUAGAGAAACCGGCUCCACUGCACUUGAAUCCUCUGAGAAAACACCUCAAGAAUGUGAUAGGCUGGCAAAGCAGUCCGUCUCUGAAAACAUCAUAGUUUUUGUCAAGGGGCAGCCGGCUAGUGAUGACCAAGAGGCAGGCAGAGAUGGCGCUACACCACAGGACCCAUCAGAUAACACUGCCAGCACCGCCGCAGGGGAAAAACGAGCCAAGCACUCGUCCCACAACCAGACACUCUCAGCUGGCGAAACAGUCACUACCAGGAAGACAGAAGUUGCAGAGACCUGUAAGGAGGAUGAGAGGCCUUCUGCUACAGCUCCUGAAAGUGAUUUUCAACCAUGCAGUGAGGUGGCACCUGGAUCAAACCUGUCUGAUUACACGACACCACCCUCCUCUACACCUGCCAGUGAUAAGCUGAAUGAGCAACAAACAGCGGCCACACCAGACAUUAGUACAGAGGGCAGACUUGAUGCAGUGCAAAUACCUGCUGAUCAACAAAAAUCCAUUAAUUCUGGGCUGUUUUCCAACUCUGUGUCAUCGCAAGCAUUGACUAGAGAAACCGGCUCCACUGCACUUGAAUCCUCUGAGCAAACACCUCAAGAAUGUGAUAGGCUGGCAAAGCAGUCCGUCUCUGAAUCUUCAGUAAAGAAGGAAAGUGCCCGAAACACUAAGGGGCAGCCGGCUAGUGAUGACCAAGAGGCAGGCAGAGAUGGCGCUACACCACAGGACCCAUCAGAUAACACUGCCAGCACCGCCGCAGGGGAAAAACGAGCCAAGCACUCGUCCCACAACCAGACACUCUCAGCUGGCGAAACAGUCACUACCAGGAAGACAGAAGUUGCAGAGACCUGUAAGGAGGAUGAGAGGCCUUCUGCUACAGCUCCUGAAAGUGAUUUUCAACCAUGCAGUGUGGUGGCACCUGGAUCAAACCUGUCUGAUUACACGACACCACCCUCCUCUACACCUGCCAGUGAUAAGCUGACUGAGCAACAAACAGCGGCCACACCAGACAUUAGUACAGAGGGCAGACUUGAUGCAGUGCAAAUACCUGCUGAUCAGCAACAAUCCAUUAAUUCUGGGCUGUUGUCCAUUUCUGUGUCAUCUCAAGCAUUGACUAGAGAAACCCGCUCAACUGCACCUGAAUCCUCUGAGAAAAAACCUCAAGAAUGUGAUAGGGUGGCAAAGCAGUCCGUCUCUGAACAAGAUAAAGAUAAGACCGUCUUUAAUGAGACACAAAAUCUCUCUGGGAGGCCAGAUGGAAAGGCUGUUAACACCAGAUCAAAAGAGAAAACAAACAAACGCAUGGCAGAGAUACAGACACAGCAGCCAGGAAACAGAGAUGUUGAUGUCUCCAGUUCACCAACACCCUGCAGCCCCCUCAGUCAGAAUAUCUUGGAAACAUCCACUGAAGUUCAGGCACCACAAACUUUACCAAGCAGCGAUUAUAUGCCUGUGUACUUCCAUGCUGUCACUUCCAAGGAUUGUCAUUUGGACCCAGAAAAGGAUUUUGUUUUCUUAAGGUCUGAAAGAAUAUUUGGAGGAUGGGAUAAUCCUGGCCUGAAAAUGUUCUUUUCUAGGUCUCUAGGGAACAAGAGUUAUCUUGUUGAAGGGCGAGUUAUGAUUCCCAGGAACUUAAUUCAUAAGAGCAUACCCUACAAAUAUGUCAUUUGCAAGCACAGUGAAAAUGAACACAAGUAUGAGACGAUCUACCAGAAAGAUGAAAAUCAAUUAGUCAACAGGUGCCUGACUAUCAAAGAGGACUUUUUAACACAUGAAGGGGAGUGGCACCAGUAUGAUGAUGUGAUCCAUCUCGAGCUGAAGAAGAAAUUCGGGUUUUGGAAUUCUUCAAUCGAAGAGGUUGUAUUGAAAGGGAGAGAACUAGCUGGAGAGGUGAUGCUGACAAUCCCGUACUUCAUGAUGGCAGAGAAAGAUCGUGGGGAUUACCAUACAAUCGUGAAAAGGUGA